ACUGACACUUAAGUGUGCAUACCCCUAGAGAACCCAUGGGGUCACAUAUGACCCAGUGAAAUGAAGGCUCACAACGCACCACAAUUACACUUUUUACCCUUAAAGCCCAACGUCUCACAUGUGUCUGCAAUAAAUGCAUAUUUAUUUCGUCCACUGGGUCUUAUGUGACCCAUUAUUCAAACCGGAAGUAAAUUAGUAUUUUUUCCCCCAAAUGUGACGUUUUUGUGUUCCUUCAAUGCUUAUUGAUUAAUUUGGUUAGUACAUGCAAUUUUAAAAGAGGAUUUAGAUGUCUUCGGUUCUCUAGCGUUAAAAAACACACACCAACAACUAAAUUCUUUCAGCUAUUUUUGAGAGAAAUAGGUCACUUGCACAGCUUCAGAGCAAGUGCAUUGUGGGAAAGAAUUUUUUGUGUGUCGGCCAUUUUGGGAGGUUGUAAACAGUUCUUAAAGUUUGUCUACAUAACAGCUUUGCGUUCAUUGUAUCAGAACUUUCUAUGGCGUUUUCCAAGUAUUUCGAGGAUCUGAAACCCUACUACAGGCAGAAAAUCAGUUUAUGUGAGGAUCUGGAUCCGUAUAGUCUAUCGAAGGCUGAUUUUGCGACUGAAAAAUGUUGGCCAAGAGUGGAAUACCCCGACAUUGUGAACUACUUGGUGCUUACAACCAACUGUCUUACUAGCUAACAGAUGAAGGCUUCCAAGUCCUUGGAGGCUUUCAAUUACUUUGUAAGCGGGUGGAUUCAGAGUGUCCUCUGCAAAACGUCUGAAGAAAAGGUUUUAAUUGUUGCCCAACGCGAAAAGUGUUGUGAAAAUGUGUGCAAUAAGGACUGGAGAGUACAAGGAGGAAGUUCGUCGACCAAAAAAGGAGGAGGAGCUACAACGUCAACUACUGGACACAGUGUUCAAUCUGCAGCCUCGGCUUGUCCUACGCAGAGCAGAUGUCAGUGAAAAUCUUCAUCCAGAGCAACAGCAGUCAGUGUCGUGUCACAUCAAAGAGGAAGGGGAAGUGGUUCAACACAUCAAAGAAGAGAAGGAAGAGUUUUUACACUUGAAAGAGGAAGAGCAGGAGGAAUUCAUCCAGGUUCCAGCCACCGGUGUCCAUUUGAAGAGUGAAGAUGAAGGUCAAAGUGAAGCGAGACGAGGGGCGGCACUUCCAAGCAGGAACUGCUCAAGUGAUGGAGAGUGCCACAGGCGAGGAUUACAAACAGACGGUCAUGAUAAUGAUGAGGAACAGUCGGAAGGUGGUUUGACAUGUCAAAGUCCCAACAAAACCUGGAAAUGUUCUCAGUGUAGGAAAGCUUUUGCUACUAUGAGCAAUUUCAAACGACACAUGAAAAUACACACAGGUGAGAAGCCUUUUAGAUGCUCAGUUUGUGGUCAAAGAUUGUCUCAGAAGGGACACUUAAAAUCACACACAAGAACCCACACUGGUGAGAAACCUUUUUCGUGCUCAGUUUGUGGUAAACGAUUCAGUCAGAAAGGACAUUUAAAAAGACACACAAGAACACACACUGGUGAGAAACUUUUUUCCUGCCAAGUUUGUGGUCAAAAUUUCUCUCAGAAGGAAAACUUAAAAAGCCACACAAGAACUCACACUGGGGAGAGACUUUUUUCCUGCUCAGUUUGUGGUCAAAGAUUCACUCAGAAGGGAGCUUUAAAAAUGCACACAAGAACGCACACUGGUGAGAAGCCUUUUUCCUGCACCGUGUGUGGUCAAAGAUUCUCUCGGAAUGGAGACUUAAAAUCUCACACAAGAACACACACUGGUGAGAAACCUUUUUCCUGCUCAAUUUGUGGUCAAAGAUUCUCUCAGAAGGGACCCUUAAAAUUACACACAAGAACCCAUACUGGUGAGAAACCAUUUUCCUGCUUGGCUUGCAAUCAAAGAUUCACUCAGAAGGGACAUUUAAAAAGACACACAAGAACACACACUGGUGAGAAACCAUUUUCCUGCUCAAUUUGUGGUCAAAGAUUCGCUCAGAAGGAAAACUUAAAAAGCCACACAAGAACGCACACUGGUGAGAAGCCUUUUUCCUGCGCAGUUUGUGGUCAAAGAUUCUCUCGGGAGGGACAUUUAAAAAGACACACAAGAACACACAGUGGUGAGAAAUGUUUUUCCUGCUCAAUUUGUGGUCAAAGAUUCGCUCUGAAGGAAAACUUAAAAAGCCACACAAGAACACACACUGGUGAGAAAUGUUUUUCCUGCUUAGUUUGUCGCCAAAGAUUUUCUUAUAAAUACCAGGCUCAGACACACAAGUGUGCUGGUGAGAAUAGCAGUGACCAAGAAGGUUUUAAUGAAUGUUUGAAGAUUUAAAAAAAUAGUUACUAUGUUACUGACUUGGGUAAGAUUACAUUCUUCUGUGUACGAACUUCUGAAAAGUUUUAAUUUUGAAGGUGAGCAGAUUACACUUGACAACUACACAAUGUAAAAUGUGACUAAUUAUUAACACUUUAUUGGAGAGUGCGUACAUUUUGCCAUACCUGCUAUGCCAGUAGUUUUUAAUUUUCAAUUUUAAAAUGAACCUGUUUGUGAAAUACGAACCAUGAAAAUCCAUACUUGCUUUAAGCAAUGUAUGCAUUUUGUCAGUUUUUAUGAUGUUUGUAUCAAAGAAUUGAUUGAUUGAACUCAGACUGUCAGGAAACUUGGACUUUGACCUGAAAUGGUUGUGUAUAUGUGAUCUUGAAUGAAAUACACUCCCUAAAACAAUGAGGUUGACUUUGUGUAUCAAAUCUAUUUCCCCCCAAUUUAAAAGUUAUUGAAAUGUCUUUUAUCAAUUGGAUAAACUCGAACAAGAAAUGCUCACACCUUAAAGCAAAACAUGGUACAAGCAACAAGACUGAUGUUGAAAAACAGCAAAGCUGGUUACUGUGACAAAUGAGGAGUAAAAAGAAAAAGUCCAGGGAUAAAAUGACAUCUCACACAAACAAACAAUGGAAAUGUUCUCAGUCUGGGAAAAUGUUUGCUUGUAAAAGCAAAUACCACAUGAGAAGACACACAGGAGAGAAAACUUUUAAUUCCUCAGUUUUUGGUCAAAGAUUCUCCUAUUAAUAUUAGGCGCCACAGUGAUGAGGUGCAAAGCAUUGGCCUCACAGUUCUAGUGACCUGGGUUCGAUCCCAGCCCUCCCUGUGUGAAAUGUGCUUGUUCUCUCCGUACCUGUGUGGGUUUUCUCCGGGCACUCCGGUUUCCUGCCACAUCCCACAAAAAUGCACCGGAUGGAUGGAUUUAAAAAAAAAAAAAAAAAAAAAAAAGAAUUACAGUGAUACCUCGGUUUUCCAACGUCUUGAUUUUCAUACAAAUCGGUUUUCAAAAGAAAAUUUUGAGAUUUUUUUUUAUUUCGUUUUCGAACGAAAAUCGGUAUUCGAUCACCUUGACCUGACCCAUGACGAUUUGUUAUUGUGCUUUCCAACGCACCCCCCCAAAAAACGGAAAAGAGUAUUAGGGCGCAUUGUAACGCACAUUCUUCUGCUUGUGGACGUUUCCCUGUACUGUAGUGACAUUUAUUCUUCAAAUUGAGCAACAUUAACCCUCGAUCAUGGCUCCAAAGAAGGCAAGUGGAAAUGGCAGUUGCUGAAAAAAGGAAAGAGGUCCGUAAAACUGUCGCCUUCAAGAAGGAUUUGAUACCCGAGGAUGAAUCUGGUGUGCGUGUUUCUGAGUUAUCGAAGAAGUAUGGCAUGGCGAAAACGACGAUCAGCACCAUUCUGAAACUUAAGGAUGCCCUCAAAGCAAGUGAUGUUGCUAAAGGAGCAACCGUGUUGACCAAGCAGAGGCCACAGAUCUUGGAGAAAGUCGAAAAGUUGCUUCUUGCUUUCGUGAAAGAGGCGCAGUUAGCUGGGGAUAGUAAUGACGAGGAAGGGAGGAGAUGUCGUCUGAUGAGGCUGAAGGUAGGAAGGAUGUCUCAAGUGCUGAUAUUAAAGCUAUCUGCGCUAAAUGGAACGGCAUCCAUAAUUUUGUAAAACUUCAUCACCAGAACAAAGCUGAAUGUUGCAGAGCACUGUAAAAUGUUAAUGUUAUGAGCCACUUCAGAAAAGUCCUUACAAGACGGCACAAACAAAGAGAUUCAUUCUUUGUGAAAAAGGGGUGAGCCACCCCCACCGAAGACAUCUGAAAC